ACUAAUCAAUCGAGGCCCAUCUACCAAAAAAAAAAACAAUCGAUGCCCUUCUCUUGCCGGGCGAGGCUAGGGCUCCGAUAGUGGGGCGCCAUGGCGGCGGGCGACGGCGGCGACACGGUGGCGCUGCCUACGGAAGUCGCCGCACUCCGGCUGCGCAUACUGGAGUUGGAGAGGGAGAACCAGAGGCUUGCCCAGAUUGUUUCCACCUGCAGCUGCAGCUCCAAGGAGGGCAAUAUACCAUCUUCUUUAGCUGAGAGCCGUGAUCAACAAGUGCUGAAGAAUGUAAAAUCACACGAAAGUAGAACCUCAGACCAUGGCGUAAGCCUUCCAUUCGAUCACAUGACGAUAUCUACUGAAAAUCAAGCACUGUGCAAUGUUAAAGGGGAAGGGCAUGAUGAUUUAUCUAAAAUUCGAAGGAAGCAUUCUAAAAGAACAGGUCGCCAACAAGGGAAUGUAAGCCACUGCCAAAAGCGAUUAAUUGCUCUGAAAAUCAUGUACUUUGGCCAGAGAUUCUAUGGCUUUGCUUCGGAAGCCCACACAGAGCCGACAGUCGAGUCUGAGAUUUUCAAAGCAAUUGAAAGAGCAAGACUACUGGUUGGAAGCAGGGAAGAUUCAUGCUAUUCUAGGUGUGGAAGAACUGACAAAGGAGUUUCUGCCACUGGACAGGUAAUAUCCUUAUAUCUGCGAUCAAAUUUAAAAGAUGCAGGAGAGAAUAUAUUGGGUGAAAGAUCUGAAAUCGAUUAUGUAAGUGUAUUGAACAGAAAUCUUCCAAGAGAUAUACGUGUAAUAGGUUGGUGUCCUGUUGCAGCAGACUUUCUUGCAAGAUUCUCCUGCUUGGGUAGGGAAUAUAAAUACCUGUUUUGGAAGCGGGGCUUGGAUGUAUCGAAAAUGCAGAAAGCUGCAUUUAAAUUCAUUGGGGAACAUGACUUCAGGAAUUUCUGUAAGAUGGAUGCAGCAAAUGUGAGCAACUACAAGCGAUACAUUACAGAUUUUAAUAUUUCUGCUUGUGACCAAAGGUCCAACCAUGAUGAGCUGUGGUCCAUGAAUAUCAGGGGUAGCGCCUUUCUGUGGCAUCAAGUUCGUUGCAUGGCAGCUGUUCUGUUUUUUGUAGGUCAAGGCCUUGAAUCACCUUGUGUAGUUGACUCAUUGCUGGAUAUUACCAAGACUCCUAGAAAACCUCAAUAUACAAUGGCACCAGAGCUUCCAUUGAUUCUACGAUCUUGUCUAUUCGAUGGAGUCAGCUUCAUGUGUUCAUCAGAUGCCAAUCAGGCUUUGAUUGAACACUUGAAGGAUGAACACCAUCAGUAUAUGCUCCAAGCUGCCAUAUUUGAUGAGGCUUUGACCUGUUUAUCUAUUCCAGAGCCUAAUCCACUUGAAUACCCUAAGAAGAAGAGAAAACACAUCCCUCUCCUGUCACGGGAAGCUGAACCUUCUUACGAGGAACGCAGAGCAAGAGUAAAAGCUAAGUCAGCAAAUGUGUAGUUGAGUGGCUACCUUAAGUAGCACACUAAGAGUUUGGCCUUCGAAGAUCGGCGCGGCUGACUGGCUGAGUGUUAUAAUCAAUCCAGCAUCAAGGGGCAAUCUCCUCAUCAGAACGUCUCUCCUUGAAGCUUGUGUUCUUACUGUGUGCACUUCUGGGACGGGCUAAAGUGUUACGUGGCGAUGGGGAAUCGACAAAAGAAGUUCAUCGUUCAGAUCUCCUUCAAGUUUUGUAGGUUCUUCACCACCCUUCACCAUCUACCAGCCUUCUGACAGAACUUGAUAUGGAUCAUACAUAGUACAUACUAUAAUUUCUCAGGCGGCAAUGCUUGGUCCCUUGGCAUUGCUUUUGUACCAGCGGUUGGCUGCAAGAUGGCGACCUUUUAUUUUGCACUAUGCAGCGCCAAUUGUGUCAUGUGAUGGCUGGCUCGUGCUCUUCCUUUUUUUAGGCCUGAAACAUGUAAUGAUUUCCUCCAAAAGUUUCAUAAAUUCUGAAA